AUGGAGGUAUAUGACCGGUCCAAAGACCCUUUGGAGCAAUUGGAAACUUUUAAAGCUCACAUGACCUUGCACAGCUUCUCGGGAGAGAUUGUCUGUCGAGCCUUCCCUUUAACUCUGAAGGGAGUCGCCCGGACUUGGUUUGGGUCCUUGCUGCCCUGGACUAUAGGGAGCUUUGACGAACUAGCCCGCCUCUUCAUGACACAGUUCAUGUCAAGCCGAAAGAGGAGACGACCGGCAACUUACCUCUUGACAGUGAAGCAACGAGACGGCAAGAGCUUGAAGUCAUACCUCUCCCUGUUCAAUAAAGAAUGCAUGACCAUAGAUGACCAAGACGAAAAGAUCACCUUAGCGGUCCUACUAGGUGGAAUGUGGCCUCGGAACCCGUUUAUGGCAAGAAUAGCACAAAGAACUCCCACCACACUAAGGGAGUUCAUGGACCAGGCAGACGGAUUCAUCAAUGCCAAAGACACCCUCGAGAUCCUAACGACUUCGCGACGAUCCGAGAUGGAGAGAUGGAGCAAGUGGAUCAAAAAGCGACUGGACAAAAAGGAGGUCACGGCUGUGAAGGGGGAAAAGGGGACUGCCAGACCCAAAGAGAAAGGGAGAAGCCCCAGCUCGGCGGCGCAUUGGACCCCAGGCUCACUCGAGUUUGGCAGUAGAAGGGAAUCAAGAACCGAACCAAUAAAGGGAGCUAGGCCGAGGCAAGGAGGGCCACCAGUACUACGUGGACCAUAUGACUGA